GAAAAACAUAAGCAGUGAAUCAAAUCGAAUUGGGAGAUGGGCUUUCUAUAUUACUGAUGAUGCUCUCACAUAGCUUAGUACAAUCACUCGUGCGAGCCCAGUUAGGGCAUGAUCCUGCAAGCCCAAUAGCCAGACGAAGAUUCGGUUGACGAAUUAAGUUGGAUACAAACACUCUUGGACCUCUUGGUUUUGUUUGGGUUGACAAUAUUUACGAAAGCCUGGCCCUGUUUCUUUAUGUCUCUGUAGUGUAGUCCCCUCCCCUGUCGCUGUCCUCCCUGUGCUCCUAUUGUAGCUUCAGGUUUUCUGUUCGACUGUUUCUUCUGAAGUCAGCCGUGAUCACCUAAACCUAUUCUUUUUACUCCUCUCAUUAAUGAAAAAAAAAUGCUGCUGUGACGCCAGGAAAAACAUUCUGUCUCUGAAUCAUCGUAGAGUUGAUUUUCCAUCCAAAGGAAGCUUCAUCCGGAGUGUGAACCUACGUGCACUUUUGUUACAACUUACGAAUUGGUUGAAGUCUACUGCAUAUUGGUCAACACAAAGUGCAUACCCCUGUAGAAAUCAGAGUAUGCCAAUUCUCAAUGAACCGCACCAUAUAUUUCUGUCUCCUAUCCUAGAUUUCCUAGACAGGACAAACGACUAUGACUGGACCAGACGUUUCCCUCAAGAGAGAUUUACGAUUACACCUAGGGGCUGGAAAAAAAAUCCAAUUCAUGCAAGCAAGCAGGCAUGUAGUGCGUGACACUAAUUCCAUCAUCAUCAUCUUAUGAUUCCUGACUUCCUGUCUCUCUCCAUACCCUGAAUAUCACAAUACCAUAUCCCUGAUGCUACGGCCUACGGGGCAAUGGUGGAGAAGCACGUCCUUGUGAUAUGCGUCGCGGUGGCCGCGCUGGCUCUGGCAGCCGCUGCGCUGGGCAUCCUCGGCGAGGCAACCAAAUCGAAGUCUUUUGUCAGGUACGACGGGGCCAACUGCGUGUACCGGAGGACGCCGGCGUUCGGCUGCGGGGUCGCGGCGGCCGCGGCGCUGCUCACCGGUCAGCUCGUCCUCACCGCCGCCACCGGCUGCUGGGACCGGUGCCGGACCCGGCGGUCCGACCAUCGCCGGACCAGCGCCGUCUUUUCUUCUAUUCUCUCAUGGUUCCUGGCGAUCCUGGCCGCGAGCGCCUUCGUGGUGGGAGCCGUGAGGAACGAGAGCGGGGAGCGGCGGCCCAGGGGUGACGUGGCGGCGGCUUACUACCAGUGCACCGUGCUCGUGGCCGGGGUCUUCGCGGGGGGCUCCUUCCUCUCGCUCCUCGCCGCCGCCGUCGGGAUCGCCUCCUACCUCGGGAUCGAACGGGCGGCGGCGGGAUCUGCACCGUCAUCGCCGCCGUGGUCCGAUAAGGGUGGUAGCGCCGUCGCGAUGGGCUUGGGCCAGCCGCGGUCAUCGUUACAAGUUCGUCAUGGACCUCCUGGUCAGGGAUGUCUGACGGAUUGUUCCACGAGCAGCGGGUCGGUCGGGGCCCGGACCGUGCUGGAACUGUUUGAAGACGAGCGCCGUGCAGGCUACAUGUUGCACGAGUAAUUUUGUUUUGCGUGUGCAUCGCGCGUGUGCUCGGUGCAGAGUCCCGGGAUCGAUCGGUCGAGUGGCUGUGGUUCCGUGGGGAUGUAAUUUCUUGUACGGAGUACGUGUCAUUCGAGUUCGACUAACUUGAACAUUAGUUGCGCCGAAUUUCUCGUGACAUUCGUUACUUA